AUCGAGCUCAAAGACGCGGCCGGCAACUUACUCGGUCCCUUUGGUGCGCUGUCAUAUACGCCAGAUGUCCUCGCCCCGUAUCUCGCCUUCGCGGUCAAGGUGAACACGACGCCCCUCCUGACCCCCCGCGAGCGCGAACUCGCAAUCAUCGCGACCACGAGCGUGACAAAGUCCGAAUAUGUAGCGUACGCGCAUCGCAAAGCCGGACUCUCCGCAGGCCUCUCCGAUUCCCAAAUCUCUGCGGCGCUUGAGGGGAAGGACGUAGCGGGGCUGGGUGAGAAGGAAAACGUCGUGUAUCGUCUGGGACUGGAGCUGGCGAGGGGAUAUGGGAAGGUGAGUGAUACGGUGUUUGAAGGUGCGGUGGGGGUGUUGGGGAGGGAUGGUGUGAGUGCGGUUAGUCAGGUUGUGGGGGCGUAUGUAUUGGCGGGGGUGUUGGUGGGUGUCGGCGGGGUGGGUGCGCCG